AUGUCCUGUAGCCCUUCACAGGAGCGUCAGCAGGCCUUGUCGCGCCGCAAUCGGCUCCAAGGCAUCGUGGACGAGUUUCAUUCAAGGGUGCAGCGUGCGCAGCGUGGCAUAGUCCGGCUGGUUCACUUCAUGGGUACAGCGGAUUUCGGCAGCAUUGCCAAUGUGCCUGACCAAAUUGAGAAUGAUGUCAUGCGAUGCUUCGGCUCACGACCCGCCUUGGCACGGGAGCAACUGCAGCCCAGUCAGGUAUUGAAGCUGGAACAUGAGUGCAGAAAUGUUCACGAGAAGUUCCUUGAAUUGGUGAGCGAGUUUUCCAGCCUCGUGGAGUGCCAGCCGACAGUGUGGAACAUCGUCGCCGCCUUGGCACAUCCUGAGCUCUCGGCCACCCCGCAGGCUUUCGAAGGCACUGAUCAUCAACCUGAUCAUGUUCUGGAGGUGCGCUCCAUCACCUCUUUCGCCGUCUUGCCUUGUGUGUGGCUGCAACUGGCCCUGCCACUGCACCUGGUUCCCGUGCGGCUCGGGCACAAUCAGCUCUUCGAGAACUUGCUGGACAUUCCUCCUCGACACUUGGCUUCUUGCCGAGCCAUUGCCACACAGUUUGACCAGCGCCUGCCUUGUGACGGCCAUGCCUGGCCUUGCGAGGGGAAUCCUCGCCCUCCUCACAUUACCGCCGUCGUGAGAUCUGCCGCCGCAAGCUGUACAACAGUCACCAGUGGUGGGAGCUUUUCAUCAGACGUCGAGGUUCUUUGCCGGAUUCGCCGCAGGCCUGAAGUCGUCCACGCAAUGGGUCACCAAGUCCCGAUGGCGUUUGAGUACAGGCUUGGUUUCGAUUUCGAUGAAGCCACCAAGUCUUGUCAAGGGCCGCACCACGAUGUCAAUGUCGGUGGAGUUGGAGCGCACUUCGAGGUGGAGACCAAGGAGAUGCAGGUUGAGCCUGUCGUGGAGAUCCACUACGACGAGUUAAAGCACCUCACGCCUGACGUUCUUGAUAAGCUUCGCAAGGCUUUUGCUGGCCCCCGCGCCUACGGAGCGGUGGCCAUCACUGGAAUCCCUGGUUAUGCGGAGAAGCGCCGCAAUGCUUAUCGCGCAGGGAUUGACCUGGCACUUUUUGACGGCGAGGGCCGCAAACGUGCUGCCGCUGUGAACAACACUUACCCGGGUUGGAGCGGGACUCCAGGCAGUGAAACACACCCGCUGCAAAGCAGCUUUCUUUUCAAUGUCAAAGAAGAGCUGCCACAAGGCAGAAUUGAUCCUUUCUUUGGCAAGAACAUCUUCCCCAGCAAGGAAUAUCGUCGGACCUGGGCGGAGUUUGCAACACUAAUGCACGCCGUGGCGAUCGAUGUCCUUCGCGGUUGUGACAAGGUGAUGGAGCGGGACGUGCCCACCUGGACCGACUCACCUCGCAGCCUUGCCAAGAUGGGUGACGAGGGGCCUGCGCUUGCCGGUCGAUUCAUUUGCUACGAUUCUGGUUUCACACGGGAAGAUCGACUCCUCGAGCAUGCCAAGAACGGCGCCGACGAAAGCCGUAGCAACCUCGAUGCUGUCAUGGAUGGCCAGCAACGCAUCACUAACGGCGCGAAAGUUGCCGGGCACGCCGGAGACGGCUUGGCAUCCAUGCGCACCCACUCCACCCCUGUCAAGUCCGCCGGGCACGCGGGAGACGGACUGGCAUCCAUGCGCACCCACUCCACCCCUGUCAAGUCCGCUGGGCACGCCGGAGAUGGCUUGGCAUCCAUGCGCACCCACUCCACUCCAGUCAAGUCCGCCGGGCACGCCGGAGAUGGCUUGGCAUCCAUGCGCACCCACUCCACUCCAGUCAAGUCCGCUGGGCACGCCGGAGAUGGCUUGGCAUCCAUGCGCACCCACUCCACUCCAGUCAAGUCCGCCGGGCACGCCGGAGAUGGCUUGGCAUCCAUGCGCACCCACUCCACUCCAGUCAAGUCCGCCGGACACGCCGGAGAUGGCUUGGCAUCCAUGCGCACCCACUCCACCCCUGUCAAGUCCGCUGGGCACGCCGGAGAUGGCUUGGCAUCCAUGCGCACCCACUCCACUCCAGUCAAGUCCGCCGGUCCCAAAGCACACGCCAAUUCGAACACAACGGAAGUUGCCAGCGGCGAACAGCCUGGCGAUUACUGGCUUCCUUGGCAUGUGGACUCCAAUUUUGCAACCAUUCUCCACAAGGAGAUGUAUGCCAGUGAAGCCACUGGAGAAUUCCUCUCAGAGCCAGCAGGGGCUGGGCUCAUGAUGAUGAAUCAGGUUGGAGAGACGACGAAGUUCCAGUGUUCUGACCCAGAUGCGUUAGUCCUCCAGAUGGGCGCGUUCGGGCAAAUCUACACAGGUGGUGCUUUGACAUCUUGUCGACAUGCUGUCCUCAACAGCUUGCAGCCAGGUGUGGCGCGUUUCAAUUAUUGCAAUUUUUGGUAUGUUCCCUGGGACACGCUUUGCGAGCCACCCUCUGGCAUGGAGCGCACAGCGAUUAGCCAGGGCUGGAAUGCCAUGAUGGAUGAAAGCUACCUCAACAUUACGAUGAGGCAGAGUUUUUCAGCUUUCCGCAAGUUCAUGGUCUCACCGGAGGCACGCAUUCAGUUUGUGAGCUCCCAGCGCUUCAAAGAACUCUCGGAGAUCCUCCCUUUGGAAAAGAAAGGUGCCAGUGGAGUGCCCGACGGCAAGCCGAACAUCCAGGUCGACCUCUUGACUGACGUUCGGUGCCCCUUCUCGUUCAUCAGCCAGACGAACUUGGAGAAGGCAAUCCACAACUCGGCGAUGCAGGAACACGUCAAGAUUCGAUUUCACCCUGUUUUUCUCAACCCCAACGUCUCCAAGGAGGGCGAGAGCCUAGAUGAUUAUCUUUGGCGAGAAUUUGGGUACACCAAGGAGUAUGCACACUCUGAAGAUUACCCACUGCGUAAAGCUGGGCUCAAGGCAGGCAUUGAAUUGAACCCGAACCGCCGUGUGGUGAACACCUUCGAUGCUCAUUGCCUCAUCCACGCGGCUCAGGUGCAAGGCAAGCAGGAAGAACUAGAGCGGACGUUGUCACGAUGGUAUUUCGAGGAGGCCAAGGACAUCUCGGAUGCCGAUGUCCUCGCUUCGGCUGCUGCAGCGUGCGGCGUCAAAGUCGCGCUCGCCACGGCGCCAGAAACGAAGGCAGCCGUGCAGCAGCGAUACCAGGAAUUGUCGGCCAUGCUUGGAGAAGUGCCACACUUCGUGCUUCGGGAACAGAUCUCUGGGAAUGGAGUGGAAAUCAGUGGCUUGAAGAGUGUGGAGGAAUGGGAAGAGGUCCUGAAGCAAGUGGUGGAACGCGGCCAGUUCGUGGGCGUCACGAUCGAUGGGCCGCAUGGAACGAAGGUGCGCCUGGAUGAGGCGAACCCCUUCGCUGCAGUGAGUCAUGCCACGAAUGCGCAGCACGGAUGGAUGCCGGGUGAGUGGCCCUAUCAGGCCGAAGAUUUCACUCGCAUGGAUGAGAGUCUGGACACGGUGAUGUAUGCCGAGCCCCGAUUAGUGGAACACCUCGAUGACACCUCGCUGGAGCGGCUGCAGGGUGUCUACGACGCAGUCUUCCAGGCUUGCCCCGAGGGCUUCUCAGUGUUGGACUUGUGCUCCAGCUGGAACUCACACUAUCCGGAGGAGGCUCUGCGAUCGGCCUCACGAGUGGCAGUGCAUGGAUUGAAUGCAGCAGAGCUUGAGGCGAAUGUCCAGGCGACGGAGCGCCAUGUGCAGGAUUUGAAUUCAGAGCCUGUGCUGCCCUGGCACUCCGACACUUUCGACGUCAUCACGUUGGCCCUCAGUGUCCAGUACCUGACCGAUCCACGUGCUGUCUUUGAAGAGAUGCACCGCGUGCUGAAGCCAGGAGGACUUGCUGUGGUCACGUUCUCUCACCGUGCCUUCAUUGAAAAGGCCGUGCGGGUUUGGGCAGCUGAGCCAGAUGAUGGUGAAGGUCACGCACACCUGAUCAGCCGGUACUUUCAGUUUGGCCCUCAAGAUGGCUGGGGAAAACUUUCCACAGUCGACGUCAGCCCGCAACACGGCGAUCCAGUGUGGAUUGUCGCUGCCGUGAAGCAGUAG